CGAAGGGAGAGAGAGAGAAGAGAGCGGGAGAGACAGCCGGUUCCAUUGCAGCGUGAGAAUUUUGGGGGGCAAAUAUGCAGCAUAACCGGAUCAUUUCUCUGAUGCACGCGCGCUCCACGAGCUGCCUGCUCUUCUGGGUGCUGAGCGCGUGCUGGACGGUGGCGGAGGUGCGGGGGUCCCAAUCAGAGAUCCCGUUAUCAGUGGUUAAACUCUGGGCUUCAGCAUUUGGUGGUGAAAUAAAAUCAAUAGCAUCAAAAUACUCAGGAUCUCAGCUCUUACAGAAGAAAUACAAGGAAUAUGAGAAGUCGGUGCGAAUAGAGGACAUCGACGGUGCAAAACUGGUGAAAAAUCUGGCGCAGAACAUGGAGGAAAUGUUUCGGAAGAAAGCAGAGGCCACACGAAGGCUUGUAGAAGCAGCAGAGGAAGCUCAUCUACAGCACGAGGAAAACCCUGACCUACAGUACGAGUAUUUCAACGCAGUGCUGAUAAAUGAAGUGGGUGAGGAUGGGAACAGUGUGGAGUUGGGAGGAGAGUUCAUCCUGGAACCUAACGAUCAUUUUAAUAACCUGUCCGUCAACCUCAGCCUCAGCGUGGUCCAGGUGCCAACCAACAUGUAUAAUAAAGACCCUGAUAUAGUUAAUGGAGUCUAUUGGUCGGAAGCCUUGAACAAAGUUUUUGUGGAUAAUUUCAAAAGAGACCCAUCACUUAUUUGGCAAUACUUUGGAAGUGCUAAAGGUUUUUUCCGACAAUACCCAGGUGUAAAGUGGCAUCCAGAUGAACAUGGAGUCAUCGCAUUUGACUGCAGAAACAGAAAAUGGUAUAUCCAGGCAGCCACGUCUCCUAAAGAUGUGGUGAUUCUGGUGGAUGUCAGUGGCAGUAUGAAGGGUUUAAGGUUGACUAUAGCUAGACAGACAGUCGCUUCCAUACUGGACACGCUGGGAGAUGACGAUUUUUUCAACAUUAUUGCAUACAACCAAGAGAUCCAUUAUGUGGAACCUUGUCUAAACGGUACACUCGUUCAAGCUGACAGUACUAAUAAGGAUCACUUUAAAGAGCAUCUGGACAAGUUAUUUGCCAAAGGAAUCGGGCUCCUGGGCAAUGCCCUGAGUGAAGCUUUCACGAUAUUAAAUGAGAUUAAUCAGACAGGACGUGGUAGUUCAUGUAGCCAGGCGAUAAUGCUGGUAACAGACGGAGCGACUGCAAUGUAUGAUGAUGUUUUUGCCAAAUAUAACUGGCCUGAACGAAAGGUUAGAAUAUUCCCCUACCUGAUUGGCCGAGAAUCUGCGUUUGCUGAUAAUCUAAAAUGGAUGGCGUGUGCCAAUAAAGGUUAUUUUAGUCAGAUUUCUACCCUGGCUGAUGUACAGGAGAAUGUGAUGCGGUAUUUACAUGUGAUGAGCAGACCAAAAGUUAUUGACCACGAACAUGACACAGUGUGGACUGAAGCAUAUGUGGACAGUGCACUCGCACAGGCGCACAAGCAGCUUGGAGAAAACAAAGUUCCGAAUCCGAUGACCACUGUGGCCAUGCCUGUGUUUAGCACCAAGAAUGAAACGAAAAACCAAGGCAUCCUGCUAGGCGUCGCAGGCACUGACAUCCCCAUUCAAGAGUUAAUGAAAACCAUACCAAAACACAAGCUUGGAAUACAUGGAUAUGCAUUUGCCAUCACCAAUAACGGAUAUAUCCUGACACAUCCUGACCUGAGGCCCCUGUACCAGGAGGGCCAGAAGAGGAAGAAGCCCAGUUACAGCAGUGUGGACCUGUCUGAGGUGGAAUGGGAAGACACAGAGGACGUUUUGCGAACUGCAAUGGUGAACAGACGAACGGGCACUUUUUCAAUGGAAGUGAAAAGAACUGUGGACAAAGGGAAACGUGUCCUGACGAUGCACAAUGAUUAUUACUACACUGAUAUUAAAGGAACCCCAUUUAGUGUAGGUGUGGCCCUCUCUCGAGGACAUGGCAAAUACUUCUUCAAGGGAAAUGUUUCACUAGAAGCGGGUCUACAUGACUUGGAGCAGCCAGAUGUUGCCCUAGCUGAUGAAUGGACGUACUGUAACACAGAUGAACACCAUGAACAUCGUUACCUGACUCAAGUUCAGGCCAUCAAACUCUACAUGACCAACCGUAAACCACACCUCAAAUGUGAAAGAGAGCUGAUUCAGCAAGUUUUGUUUGAUGCUGUGGUCACUGCGCCUUUAGAAGCAUACUGGACUGGACUAGCUCUCAAUAAGUCUGAGAACUCUGAUAAAGGGGUUGAGAUUGCCUUCCUUGGCACCCGCACUGGACUGUCCAGAACCAACCUAUUUGUUGUGCCAGAACAGCUGACCAAUCAAGAUUUCCUGACUGCUGAAGAUAGAGAAGGCGUUUUCAAUGCUGAUCACUUUCCUCUGUGGUACAAAAGAGCGGCAGAGCAGGUUCCAGGCACAUUUGUUUACUCAAUUCCCUUUAGUUCAGGAGGAGAAAAUAAAAGUGUGGUUUUGGCAAGCACUGCUAUCCAGUUACUAGAUGACAGGAAGUCUCCUAUAGUGGCAGCUGUAGGAAUUCAGAUGAAGCUGGAAUUCUUUCAGAGAAAAUUUUGGACUGCCAGUAGACAGUGUAAUGCUUUGGAUGGCAAAUGCAUCAUCAGUUGUGAUAAUGAGGACAUUAAAUGUUAUCUCAUAGACAACAAUGGCUUUAUCCUGGUGUCUGAAGACACUUCUCAAACGAAUCUCUUCUUUGGAAAAGUUGAGGGAGCGGUGAUGAACAAAUUGCUUCUAAUGGGAUCGUUUAAAAAGAUUAAUUUAUAUGACUAUCAGGCUCUCUGUAAAGAGUAUGCAGGCAGCAGUGACAGUGCACGCACAUUACUGGAUCCCUUCGUCACAAUGAAAUGGCUCUUGACUGAACUUGUCAUAUUUCUGCUUGAGUUUAACCUGUACAGUUGGUGGAACUACGACUCAACAGUAAAAGCCCAGAGAGCUCAGAGGACAAUGAUGGUGCCAUGUGACACUGAGUAUCCAGCCUUUGUGUCUGAGCGCACCAUCAAAGAGACCACUGGCAACAUUGACUGUGAUGGCUGUAUACGGACAUUUGUUAUUCAGCAGAUUCCCAGCAGUAACCUGUUCAUGGUGGUAGUUGAGAAUAAAUGUGACUGCAGCUCCACCCCUCCAGUAACCAUGGAACCCAUUGAAAUCAUGUAUAAUGAGUCUCUGAAGUGUGACAGACUGAAGUUUCAGAAGGAUCGCAGACGACCACAGUCCUGUCACCCAUUCCAUCCAGAGGAGAACCCUGUGGAAUGUGGAUCAGCGAAUGCUUUGAGUUUUCCAAUUGUGGCCAUUCUAUUCCCAGUAUUGUACUUCCUCAUCAGCAGGUGACCUCUGACCCAGGCCUUGACCAUUAGGCUUAUAACACGCUCAAAUAAGAUAUAAGAGAGACUUGCUUCCACCAAACAUGAAAUCUCAGUCCACAGAAACAAAAGUCAUCUUCUUGAUAUUUGGAUUUCAAAGGAUAGAUGAUAAUUACAGUCAAAAACAGUAUUAGAAUGAGAGAUUUUGAAUUCUUACAAAUGGACAAGCGAACAUAACUGGAUAUUAGUAACCACUAUCAGCCAUCAUAGCUAAAAGCAGUCCAUGUAGUAGUGAUUUGAGAUUAUUUAGUACACAACUUUAGUCUUAAUCUGUACUGUGUUCAGCACAGAGGAAAAAUAAGCAGAAACGUCAUUCAUUUCGGUAUUAUUUGCCUGCUUCCCAAUUUGAAUUGGACUUUUAUUUAAAAGAUGCAUGAAGUGGAAAAAUGGGAAUAUUUCACAUUGCUGUUUGUAAGAAUAGUGUACAUUUUCAUCAGAAGAUGACAUGUGGAUUCUUCUCAAACUUUAUAAGUUUUUCUUGCUUAAUAGAAGUACUUGGAAAAUGACUUUUAAUUGCCUUUACAUCAAAGGAAAGCCAUGUUAUGUAA